CGAUCACCUAUAAAUGAACCUCGAAGUUUCUAGUGUAUAGAUCACCCUACAUUUCUCACUCUCACACUGAAAGAAAAAUGGCCGAGACUGAACCCAAAUCCGUCGCUCCGGAGCUUCUGGAAUGGCCCAAGAAGGACAAGCGCCGCCUCCUCCACGCCGUCUACCGCGUCGGCGACCUCGAGCGCACGAUCAAGUUUUACACUGAGGCUCUGGGGAUGAAGCUUUUGCGGCAGAGGGAUAUCCCGGAAGAGAAGUACUCCAACGCUUUCCUCGGAUUCGGGCCCGAAGAAACCAACUUCGUUGUGGAGCUCACUUACAACUACGGCGUCACUUCCUAUGAUAUCGGCACCGGGUUCGGGCACUUCGCCAUCGCCACUCCUGAUGUGUACAAAUUGGUGGAGAAUAUUCGUGCUAAGGGAGGGAAUGUGACUAGAGAGCCUGGUCCGGUUAAAGGCGGGAACAGUGUGAUCGCGUUUGUGAAGGAUCCUGAUGGUUACACUUUUGAGCUUAUUCAGAGGCCUCCGACUCCUGAGCCGCUUUGUCAGAUUAUGCUUCGUGUUGGUGAUCUUGAUAAGUCAAUCAGCUUCUAUGAAAGGGCAUUAGGAUUGAAGCUUUUGAGGAGGAUUGAGAGGCCUGAGUACAAGUACACCAUAGCUAUCCUCGGAUAUGCUGAAGAAGACAAGACAACUAUUUUGGAGCUGACUUAUAACUAUGGUGUGACUGAAUAUACCAAGGGGAAUGCGUAUGCACAGAUUGCUGUUGGAACUGAUGAUGUAUACAAAAGUGCCGAGGUUGUCGACUUGGUUACAAAAGAGCUUGGAGGAAAGAUAACAAGACAGCCUGGACCAAUUCCAGGACUCAACACCAAGAUUACCUCUUUCCUGGACCCAGAUGGUUGGAAAACUGUAAGUUUUCACUGUGUACUGCUGCUUAGCGUUUUCUCUGGUUGAUUGAUUUUGGAAGUAAUGCUGUUGAAAUAGGAUAGACGAGUGCUGUGUUACAUGUGUACUUGGGGGCGUAAAUUUCUGUCUAGGAGUUGAUUUUGGAAGCACCGCUCUCUAAAUUGGAUACAUGAUUGCUUUAUUGAUUGCAUACAUGGUGCUUGACCUUCUGUCAUUUGCUUGGUUCUGGUAGCAAUGUUAUCUUGCAUGCGUGGAUAUUAAUGCUCAAACAUUAUACGUUGUAGCUAAGUUAUUGUGUUUCUUACCCUGUUGUUUGCCGUUCUUUGUAUAAAGAUAAUCUCAUAAUCAUUAACAUUUGUGGGGUCGAGGAGUGGGAAGGGCAGCUUAA